UGAACAAAAAUUGUAUUUAUUAUUUUAUACAAUUUGUCUAAUUUAAAAAAAAAACUUACAUGUUGUUUAUUUGUUGUUGUAUUUUACAUUGCUUUGCAAGGUUUCAAGAGUAUACCUCGUCGUCAUUCUCAGAAAAGAUAAUUAAGUUUUGCUAUGUUUCCACCAAAGGUUUAUCUCAGUUUAGAUUAGAUAAAUCUUUUUGAUGUUUCCACCGCACAAGAAGAUUUAAAAAUGAUUAAGUUUGACAACACUUUCUAAAAUGCAAAUGGUGUUUCGAUGUUUCUUAAGAAGUGCAAGUGAGAUAAUUUGAUUCGUGUUAAACAAUGAAAAACUGAAUAUUUCAGCACCAUAUAAGAAUAUGCUACCUACUCCAUGUGCAAAAAUUUCACUUUUUUUUAAUUUGAUUAAAACAAAACUAUAUUUUUUGUACACAAACAUGCAAAUAAACAGACCAUAACGCAUUAUCUGUAAAACCAACUCCUCCACACAGGUUUUUUUCCACAAAUUUUGACUCGAAUCCGAACUCCGACGGGAAUCGAGUCAAAUUAAGCUCAUUUCAACUCGAUUCAGGUAUAUAAAGAAUUGAGGCGAUCUUCAAGCUCGCUUCAACACCACAUGUUAAUGUAGUAGUCUACGAACAAACCCCCUUCUUGAAGUUUGUAUUUUAUGUCAAAUUUGUUUGGUUAAAACUUUGAAAUCGACCGCCAAGUCAAGUGUGAAAUGGAAAACACAAAGAAAACAGGAAAAAGAAACAAAAAGAACUGGACGAAGGAGUCCACAGAAGCCCUUCUGGAUUUUUAUGCUGCCAGAGCUGAUGAGUUCCAGCAUAGCCGCAAAAAAAAAACUGGAUAUAAACAUCUUUUAGAAGACAUGCUAUCCGCUGGCUAUGCUGACUCCGAUACGACCAGCACCCAUUUAGAGGUAAAAAUCCAAACACUAGUGCGUGCGUAUAAAUAUGCCAUAGAUAACAACAACCGCACUGGAGCAGCACCAUGUGUUGCUCCGUUUAUGGAAAAAAUGGACGAGCUUUUUGGAAGCAAGCCCAUUGUGACAAACGUCCACAACGUCACGUAUGGAGCAGCCGCAAUUGGAAACUCAAGUGAAACUUCAGAGGACAAUACUACCCAACCAUCAGAUGAAAACUCUGAUGACAUGCAAUUGCAUACUACCCAACCAUCAGAUGCAAACUAUGAUGACAUGCUAGAGACCACUGCCACUGACGAUGUUCCAUCGACCUCCACUGCCGCUGCAUCCAAAAGGCGAAAGAUUUCUCGAUCUUUGUAUUUCAAAAUGAAAAUCGAAGAAAAACAAAAGGACAGAGAGGACAAGAACAGAAAAAAUUUUGAAUAA